AUGGCGACUAUUGGGGAGGAUUCAGGUCCCGGUGCCCCAACUGAUGCCACAGGCUCCGCCUCCAGUCCACAGAGUGAUGCUGUAACCAAUGAGCUGCAAGAACUGUCUCUACAGCCCGCCCCCAACUUACUUCCUAUUCAUGAGAGGAAAAAUGUGCUCCAACUAAAACUUCAGCAGAGACGGACUCGAGAAGAGCUGGUUAACCAGGGGAUCAUGCCACCACUGAAAAGUUCUGCAUCCUUUCAUGAGCAGAGACGAAGUUUAGAACGAGCUCGGACUGAGGACUACCUGAAGAGAAAGAUCCGCAGUCGUCCAGAGAGGUCAGAGCUGGUCAGGAUGCACAUUCUUAAAGAGACGUCAGCAGAGCCGUCUCUUCAGGCCAAGCAGCUUCUGCUGAAACGAGCUCGACUAGCCGACGAUCUGAAUGAUAAAAUCUCCCAGCGGCCCGGUCCGAUGGAGCUCAUUCACAAAAACAUCCUGCCAGUGGACAGCAGCCUCAAACAAGCCAUCAUAGAGACUGAGUUUCCAAAAGUAGAAGUGGAGAACUCUUCAUUCGACGAGGAAAGCAGUGACGCAUUCUCACCAGAGCAGACCCUCCAUCAGGACUCUCCCCUCGGCCAAGGACACUUACCUUCCCCCCCUGAGAUACCGGCCAGUGAAACCACACCCAAACAGGUCCCACCUCCUCCUCCUCCUCCUCCUCCUCCACCGCUGCCAAACACCGCUGGUCCUGCCCCUAAGCAGAAACUAGCCAAUGGGACAACAGGCCACAAGCAAGCUCCUGCACUACAAAAGGGUGGUAAAGUGGGUAGUGAGCGCCCUGUUCAGCGCUCUAAAAAGGUGAGAGAGAACAAACCAAAAGUGAAGAAGCUGAAGUAUCACCAGUAUAUUCCUCCGGACCAGAAAGCCGAACGUGAGCCUCCACCUCUGCUCGACUCCUCCUAUGCCAAACUCCUCUAUCAACAGCAGCUCUUCCUCCAGCUGCAGAUCAUCAACCAACAGCAGCAGAACUACAACUACCACACCAUCCUGCCUGCUCCACCCAAGCCUCCUUCUGAUCAGCAGCCUGUUUCAACCAACGGCUCAUCGCCAUCCAAAAAUGACACGCCUCCUCAAUCAACAUCCACUAAUCUGUCUGGCCAGAAUCAGCAGAUCACUGCAUUUAAAAUAGGACCUCUGCCUCCCAACCUGGAUGAACUAAAGGUGGCAGAGCUGAAGCAGGAGUUAAAAAUGCGGGGCUUAACUGUCUCAGGCACCAAAAAUGAUCUUAUUGAGCGGCUGAAGAAUUUUCACGAGCAGAACGGUGCUUCUUCUAAAACCAGCACAGCAUCACCCCCUGUAGUGGGAGGAGUCUCUUCCUCCACCCAAUCAACAGGCAGGGGCAUGGUGGUUGCUUCCUUCCCAUUCGUCACGACUGCAGAAAGGGGUGGAGCUCAGAUGACAGCGCAUCAGAUAAUGCAGUUUGGCAGCACUAGCUCCUCCCCUCCGGUUUCCCCCGCCCACUCAGAGCGCUCUUCGACUGGAAUGAGCCCAGAUGAAACAAGCAGUAAUGGGGAUGCUUUUGGGGAAAUGGUGACCUCUCCUCUUACCCAGCUCUCCUUGCAAACUUCUCCUCCUCUCCCCUCCACGAUCUGCAUUAAAGAGGAGCCCGGCAGCUGGACGUCCCCGUCCUCCUGCUGUCUGGGGUCCCAGUCUGCAGCACCCGCUAUAGACAAGGACCAGAUGCUGCAGGAGAAGGACCGGCGCAUCCAGGAGCUCACACGCAUGCUGUUGCAGAAGCAGCAGCUGGUCGAAUCUCUGCGCUCGCAGCUGGAGGGCAAACAGGUGGGUCUGCCGCUCCUUCCUGGUGUCACUAUGGAGGCGGUCAGGGUGACCAUAAAGGAAGAGGUCAUAGAGGUGUUUGAAGACAGCGAGAUGGUGACAGAGCCGCCGGUAUUCCCACAGGCAGGGCAGACGCAGACGCAGACGCAGACGCAGACGCAAAGGAUGGCGGCUGCACUGGAGGUGGAGCAGGACCGGCAGCAGCAGCUCAUAAUGCAACAGAAUCAGCGCAACCUGCAGCGACAAGCACAUCAGAGGAAGAGGAAAUCCCAAAAACAACAGCUCAACCAACAAAAACAACAGUUGGCUCAAGCACUUACCAACCAGCAGUCAAGUCCUGUUUCUUCAUUCCCAGUGGACGUACUGAAAUCAACCUCCACCCCCACCAUAGUGACCGACAGAAAUGGCAACCAGUUCCUGCUAACACUGUCGAAUCAAAACGCAGAGGCGCCUGCCAGAGGACGCCGCGCCCAGAGCAAAAGGCUGCAGUCUACACCCAUCAUGUUAGCCAACAAGUCAGUGACUGAAGUGCUUAACAAUAACAACCAAUCUGAACAGCCCAUACAAACCGUCAUUUUGAAACAGCCAAUCAAAAAGGCACUAAAGCCAGACCUAAAUAUGACGACCAAUUACAAAUCAUCCAGCUGUACAUCCAUCUCAUCACAAGCCAAUAUACAACCAUUCUUCUCUCAAGUGGAAUCCAUGAACGACACCGAGGCCUUCCCCUCAUUUCCCAACAACAACAACAACAACGUAAGAGAGAAGUGUUUGAAUUUGGACCAGCAUGCUUUGCUCUCUCCUCCCAGCUUGUGUUCACCCAUAGCUCUUUGUCAUCAGGAGAAUGGCUGUCACCAGCAGGUUGACGACCUGUUUGACAUCCUAAUUCAACGUGGAGAAAUCUCAGAGAAUUUCAAAGCCAGCCCUGAUCCUGUUCUCGAAAGGCUUCGGCCGAACACACCUCUUUCGUCAAGCUCCUCCCCUCUCUGUCUUUCCCAUCCUCCUGAUAUGCCCUUCAAAACUUUCAUUUUACAACCUCAGCUUCCUUCAAUUAAGGCGCACAUCAACUGUGACACAGGAGGGGGGCGUCUUGAAGAUUUCCUGGAAAGCACAACUGGCAAACCUUUGCUGGGAGUGGAGCCAGGAGGACCGACGACGCUAAUUGUUGACCUCCACAACCAAAUGCUCAGCACACCGAGUAUCCUAGACCACCCACGUUCCCCAAUGGAUACGUGUGACAUGAGUUUUUCCAGUCACUCGCCUUCAGAUCUGAUAGACUCCGCCCCCGAUCCAAUGGAAUGGAUGGAGCUCGGAAUGGGCGGGGCUGGAGGGGAGGGGCAUGGGAUGGUACAUAUGAAUGGACACGAGUCCUCUAGCUUAUUUUCCACAGACUUUCUGGACACUUCUGAUCUGAAUUGGUCCAGCUUAUAGUUCAUGGGAUAUUGCAGACUGCCAUAUUUUUGGAAAGGGCCUAUUAUGGAAUAGCUUGCUUUACAUAGUACAGUUUAUAUUUGUCUCCACAAGUGAAAAAAGUAUGGAUAUUCAAAAUACUAAUUUAACUUGGAUUAUGUUACACUUUAUCCCUCACCUUUGCUUGCACAAACGCUCACACCACUGAUUGCACGCAUAUGUCACAGAGCUGUCUACAUAACAUUUUAAUCUGGAAGGUGUCAUUUGUUGUGCUUUUGUUUAUCUGAAACACAUAACCUAAAUAUCUCAAAUUUGCAUAUUUGAACAAGAUGUCUUUGUGUAUUUUAUUAUUUAAAAUAUGUGAGUUGCUCUUGUAAUUAAUGACACUUAAAACAAGAUGUUUUCUAGAUGAUGGAGUCCUCUGUGAUGUAUGUGUGCUUAUGGAAACAUGAUAAUGCAUACAAACAAGCGACAGACCUUGUUUUUGCAUCAAUUUGAGCAAAUUCAUUCACUAAGUGCAGCUUUUGAAUUUAAUUCACCUUUAAAUUUGAUUUUGCGGCAUUAAACAAAAAACAAACAAACGAAGAAAUCUGACUUUAUCAAAGAUAGUUGGUAAACUUAUGCACACUAGUUAUUAAAAACUCAAUAGCUUUUAAAGAUACACCGGGAUUUUACUAUUUAUAGUACUGAACUUAUGUUGCUAAUAUUUUUAUAUUAUAAGCAGGUUAUAAACAGGUUUUUAGCAUUGACAUUCAUGUUACCAUAAGGGUAUUUUUAAUAAUAAUAAUGAAGAUAAUAAUAAUAAUAAUAAUCAUCAUUUGUAGUUAUUAUUACUUUUAUUAUUAUUAAUAAGUAGUACUUAACACUGUUUAAAUUCAGUUAGAUAUUUGUUAAGCAAGAGACUCGCAGUAAGUAGAUAGUGUAUCCACAUCAUUUUGUUUAUGUGCCAAAAAUAUUAUUUUAUGGCUAUAUAGAUAGCCAGUAAGCUAUUUAAUUGAAUUUUAAAACAGCAGUUGGACUAUGCUACUUUAGCCAUUUUUUUUUUCCAAUAUGGAAAGACAAGCCAUUCAAACCAUGUUUUUGUUAGCGUGUGCUAGCAUUGCAACCUGAUGAGAGCUGCCAGAUGAAGUUUUAAUUGCAUAGUUAAUUGCGUAGUUAAUAGUACAAGAUCACAAAAUUCCCAGAGUGCUUGACAGUUAAGAGUAUAACUCCGAAUUAAUAGCUUUGUGUUACUCCUUAUCCUUGCCAGGUUCACAUUACAUGGCAUCACCAAAGUACAGUAUGAGACAAAUUUUAAUCACAUUUUAGAAAACUGAAGAGAGGUCUUACUGUUUCAUAUUUCUUUAGAUCCAGUAAAUCUAAAUAUUUUGAUGAAACUGUGCAUGACCUAUAUUGUAUAAGUUCUGGGAAAUUACUUUAUUACAUUACAUUUUAAUUUAAUGUUCUUAAAAUUCAAACAUGCCUGUAACUUUCAGAAAUAUUGCCUCUAUCUUAUAGAUCUGAAUGGGAAUUAUCAAAUGUUUUAUUGUGUAUAUAUUAUGCAUUGUAUAUGAACUAAAAUGUUGUAUAUGCCUAUGCAGCGUACUGUAUGUACUGCACUGUAUUUUAUCAAUACUUCUGUCUGUAGGCUGAAGUUUUGAUAAAAGAAUAUGAGCCUAUAAGAGAUAGUGAAUGUUUCUAAGAUGAUCUGAAUGUAUAGUUCUUAGUGUAUAAAAUAUUAUGAGAAAUACACAAGGCAUAAUCACAUCUAAUGAAUAAGCAACAUUCAAAUUUCAAGGACCUUCAAACACAUUUGUAUAUUAUCACUGUUACUUUCUUUAUGCAUUGCUUUAAUGUGCGUUUUAUUCUGUGCUUCUGCGUAUUGUACGUGAGCUCAGGAAUUAAUUGUAUUUUGUGUGUGUGGUUGGUGUAUAUAUGUGACAUCAUUUGGGGGAACAGCAUUACUGUCCGCAGUAUUCACGCUCUCCAUCUGUUUGAAUUUGCACUUUCAGAGUUUUGCCUGGUUUUUCUUGUGGCCCAAAUUGAGCUUUAUAUCCACAUGAUCUCCAGUCCACCUACUGUACGCUGGAGAAUCAAGCUCCUCAGUGCUUCUUUGGCCGAAUGUAUUCAUUUGUGGGGCUUCAGAGCCUCUCAGGGCUUAAUGUCUUUAAGAAUUUAUUUUAUUUUUGGAAAAUAAAUGAAAUGUUACAAAUGAAAAUAA